AUGAAGUGCGGGGAGAACGGAGAGCGCGGGUUGGCUGUCGGAGAGCAGCUUGACAGGCUGUUCCAAACAACGGCGAGCACCCCUCUGGAAAUGGAAAUGCUGAGAUUUGUCAAUAUUUGCUCAAUAAAAUUGGAAAUAGAUAUUUGCAUUUUGAAUCUAGGCUUUAAUUACACGUAUGGUAGUAACUGCCCCCUCCCAUCCCCCAACUCGACUCGUAUCGAUCUAGUGGACGUGUGUUUGUUUGUUAUUUGUUGUACCGUACGCCAAAGCGAAUGGAGAUCGCUGACCACAACUAAGAUGAGGAACUUUGGCGUUUUUCUUUUCUUUUUGAUGAUAUUUGUAGAUAUUUGCAGCUCAAAAAUGAUAUUUCAAUUCAAUCGGUACCAUUACAAAAAGAAGCCAAGAUCGGAGAACCUUUUCAAACGUGACACAAGGAUGUGUGAGAGCGAAUGCACUUCAUUUGUUGGCCGAGAUCGAACAAAAUGUACUAGGAAAUGCAUCUCAUCAGAGUGCUACGAGGAGCUUUACAGCUGGGAUGAGUUGGAGGAGGGUGAGGUGGACAUAAGGGCGUCAUCUUUCAAAGGUUGUUGGAUGAAGAAGGUCAUAAAUUACCGCUACAGCAAACACCACCUAACCAGUUGAUUAACUGCACAUGGUGGAGUUGUAGAGGUAGGACGUGACUCCUGAGACGGCCGAUGAAGAUUUGAAGAGAGAAGAAUUGUGUCAGGAUCCAUCUGUGACCACAUGGAGUUCCAUCUCAUUCAGUCUGCAAGGGGAGGAGAAUUGAACAGGGUUGAUCAUGGAUGAGUGAGGAGGGUGAACAAGGUUGAUCAAAGAACAGUGUCUUCAGUGAUCUGACUUCUCAGACAAGUCGGUGAGGGCAUAUUCUUAGAGAGUAUACUAGUAGAGGGACAGAGAAAGAUAGAAAGAAAGAGAGAGAAAGAGAGAGAGAGGGAGAAGGAGA